AUGUCACCUUUGAAGAGACACAAUACAGACAUCGAAAUGGCCGAGGCAUCGCCUGAAGCUGUCAAGCGUACUCGCUCCACUGACAAUGCUAGUUCAAAGAGAAGACACAUUGUCGCUAACCAAAUCGUCAAGGCACCAAAUGCUGUUGGUAAAGUAUUCGUGUUUGGUACCGGUGAUACCGGCCAACUUGGCUUGGGCGAAGACAUGUUGGAGCGUAAGAGACCUAUGCCACUCAAGGUGCUCGACGAUGAGGACAUUGUAGACGUUGUUUCUGGCGGUAUGCAUUCCAUUGCUAUUACAAAAGACGGAAAGUUGUGGUCUUGGGGCUGCAAUGAUCAACGUGCUUUAGGUAGAUCCGGUGAAGAGUAUGAACCCGCAAAGGUGGAGAACAUGGAUCAUGUCAAGAUUGUCAAGGUAGCAUGCUGUGAUUCCGUCACCAUGGCAUUGAGCGAAGAAGGACAACUCUACUGUUGGGGUACAUAUCGUUGCGCUGAAGGACCUCUGGGUUUCUCUCGCAACAAGGCUGUUCAAGAAGUGCCUGCUAUUUUCGAACCCUUUGCCAAAUACGUUAUUACCGACAUUGCAGCUGGUACAGAUCAUUGUUUAGCAUUGACUAAAGAUGGGCGUGUGUUUGUUUGGGGUAACGGUCAGCAAUUUCAAUUGGGUCGUCGUAUCAUGGAACGCCAUUUGAUCAACGGUCUUCGCCCUGAAGCCCUCAACUUGAAGAACAUCAAAUUAAUCGGCACCGGCUCUUACCACUCAUUCGCUGUUUCUCAUGACAACACACUCUACGUUUGGGGUCUCAACAACUUCCAGCAAUGUGGUCUCGCUGUAGAGGACGAUAACGAACCUGCCGCCAAUGUCAUUACAAAGCCCACUGUGGUUGAAGGUCUUGAAGGCAAAGGUAAUAUUAUCGCUGUUCAAGGCGGUGAGCAUCAUUCGCUUGUCUUGAUGGAAGACGGUAGUGUGUAUGCAUUUGGCCGUGCUGAUUCGAAUCAAUUGGGCUUGCCUAAUGAAUUGAUUGAAAAGAACCAGACUCGUGAAGAGGGAUCUGAGGUCUCUGCUUUCAAGAGAGCUGUUGGUAUCCCCACUCGCAUCCCUUCCUUGGAAAAUGUUGUGCAAAUUGCUACUGGUACAAACCAUUCUGUUGCCACUACUUCCUCUGGUAAAGCAUACACUUGGGGCUUUGGUGAGUGUUACGCUUUGGGCAACGGUUCCAGCGAUGAUGAGCCUGUUCCUACUGAGUUGACUGGCCAAAAAUUAGAAGGACACAAGGUCAUUCGUGUCUCUGCUGGUGCUCAACACUCCAUGGUGCUUGCCAACAACUAA